AAAAAAUAUCGUAGAGACACAUGGUGGCGCUGCAGGAUAAGAGGAAAACAAAGCAUGGGCAGGCACUGUGGGUCCAUUAUUCAGGCAAACAGAGAGCAUCCGGUUCACUGAAAAGAGAGGUUUCACCUACAGAGCUGCUGGAGGGUUAUAUACCUUCCAGGAGGUUCAUAUAAGAAAAUCAGAGCUUUGGCUUCCAAAAUUAGAGCUGGGCUUGAAUUUUUCCACACAAGAGGUUGCCUGAAGGAACCAUGGAAACCAGAAAGGUGCUGGCUCUGCGGAAAAGGCAAGUCCUGAUUCUCUUUAUUUUGUUGGGAUUAUCUCGGGCAGGUCCUCAAUCUGGGCGAUAUUCUGUGGCAGAGGAAGCAGAAAUUGGCUCUUUUGUGACCAAUCUGGCAAGGGACCUGGGGCUGGGGGCAGAGGAGUUGUCCUCACGGGAGGCCCGGGUAAUGUCUGAUGAUAAUAAAAAGCAUUUGCACCUCAAUUUGCUGACUGGGGAUUUGCUCCUAAAUGAGAAACUGGACCGAGAAGAGCUAUGUGGCUUUUUCGAGCCCUGUGUAGUGCAUUUUCAGGUGUUACUGAAAAACCCUUUACAGUUUUUUCGGGCUGAAUUACACAUCAAAGAUAUAAAUGAUCAUUCCCCUACAUUUUUGGACAAAGAAAUACUUUUGAAAAUAUCAGAAAGUACCACUGUUGGAACCUCAUUCCUAAUGGAGAGUGCUCAAGAUUUGGACGUAGGAAGCAACAGUCUCCAAAACUACACAAUUAGCUCUAAUACUCAUUUCUACAUUAAAAUUCGAGAAAGCAGUGAUGGAAAGAUAUACCCCGAGCUGGUCCUGGACAAAGCGUUGGAUCACGAGGAGGAGCCUGAGCUCAGAUUAACACUCACAGCGCUGGAUGGUGGAUCCCCGCCCAGAUCCGGGACAACCUUAGUUCUCAUCAAGGUCCUGGACAUCAAUGACAAUGCCCCUGAGUUUGCUCAGAGUCUCUAUGAGGUGCAGGUCCUGGAGGACACACCCCUUGGCUCAUGGGUUAUCACCAUCUCUGCUAACGACUUGGAUGCAGGGAAUUAUGGGAAAAUAUCUUACUCAUUUUUUCAUGCAUCGGAAGACAUUCGUAAAACAUUUGAAAUCAAUCCAAUAUCUGGGGAUGUUCAUUUGAAAUCACACUUGGAUUUUGAAGUAAUACAGACUUACACUAUAAAUAUCCAGGCAACGGAUGGAGGGGGACUUUCAGAAAAAUGCACUCUUCUGGUUAAAGUAAUAGAUAUAAAUGACAAUCCACCAGAAGUAACCAUGUCGUCAAUCACAAACAGAAUUCCAGAGAACGCCCCAGAGACCCUCGUCGCUGUUUUUAGUGUCCGUGACCAAGAUUCAGGGGACAAUGGGAGAAUGGUUUGCUCCAUCCAGGAUGACCUCCCCUUUUUCCUGAAACCGACCUUCAAGAAUUUUUUCACUUUGGUUACUGAAAAAGCACUGGAUAGAGAGAUGAGAGCUGAGUACAACAUAACCAUAAGUGUCACCGACCUGGGUACCCCUAGGCUGAAAACCGAGUACAACAUAACCUUGCUGGUCUCCGACGUCAACGACAACGCGCCAAACUUCACCCAAACCUCCUACACCCUGUUCGUCCGCGAAAACAACAGCCCCGCCCUGCACAUCGGCAGCGUCAGCGCCACUGACAGAGACUCGGGCACCAACGCCCAAGUGACCUACACGCUGCUGCCGCCCCAGGACGCGCACCUGCCCCUCGCCUCCUUGGUUUCCAUCAACGCCGACAACGGGCACCUGUUCGCGCUCAGGGCCCUGGAUUACGAGGCCCUGCAAGCGUUCGAGUUCCGCGUGGGCGCGGCCGACGCGGGCUCCCCGGCGCUGAGCAGCGAGGCGCUGGUGCGCGUGGUGGUCGUGGACGACAACGACAACUCGCCCUUCGUGCUGUACCCGCUGCAGAACGGCUCUGCGCCCUGCACAGAGCUGGUGCCCAGGGCGGCCGAGGCGGGCUACCUGGUGACCAAGGUGGUGGCGGUGGACGGCGACUCGGGCCAGAACGCCUGGCUGUCCUACCAGCUGCUCAAGGCCACGGAGCUCGGGCUGUUCGGCGUGUGGGCGCACAACGGCGAGGUGCGCACCGCCAGGCUGCUGAGCGACCGCGACGCGCCCAAGCACAGGCUCGUCGUGCUGGUCAAGGACAACGGCGAGCCGCCGCUCUCGGCCAGCGUCACGCUGCACGUGCUGCUGGUGGACGGCUUCUCCCAGCCCUACCUGCCGCUCCCGGAGGCGGCCCCGGACGAGGCCCAGGCCGACUCGCUCACCGUCUACUUGGUCAUUGCCUUGGCCUCGGUCUCGUCGCUCUUCCUGUUCUCGGUGCUGCUGUUCAUCGCGGUGCGGCUGUGCGGGAGGCGCAGGGCGGCCUCGGUGCCUGAGGGCCACUUUCUGGGCCACUUGGUGGACGUGAGCGGCACCGGGACCCUGUCCCAGAGCUACCAGUAUGAGGUGUGCCUCAUGGCAGACUCUGGAAGUAAUGAGUUCAAAUUUCUGAAACCGAUUUUCCCCGACUUCUCAGUCCAAGACACUGGUAGGAAUAUGGGGGAAAACACCAACUUCCGGAAUAGCUUUGGAUUCAACAUUAAGUAAAAUAACAUUUUAAAUUACUUUUAUCCUUGUAUUUUUCUUGGCAUAAAACCUGCUGGUAGUUUUUGCUGAUCUGUAAAGGAUUGUAGGUUGUACUAUAAUUGCAGGCAUCAUCAUUUCUCAUGCUUUCUUUACGUUUGUUUUAAAAAUAUCAGUGGCUAUAAGGAAAUGGAAAUAUAACCAGCACUUUCUGGUUUUCAUUAAUGUCUUAAGAAGGUUAUAUUGAGGAACUAUGGUUAUUUUUGUUGUGUAAUGAUGUGGUUAUUAGGUCAGACAAUGUUCUUAAUUUUUGCAUAUGGAUACUGAAAUAUUUAAGAAAGAAUGUCAAUAUGCAUGAUUUACUUCAUCAAAAACAUAGAUAAAGCAAAAUUCCAAAAGAUUGUUGCAUCUAAGUGGAAAGUAUAUUGGAUUUUAUCUAGUAUUCGCUCUGGAAAUUUUCAACAUAAAAAAUACUUUUUAAAAAAAAGAUGCUACCUUUCCAUAUUAGGUUCCAGAAAACCUUUUUUUGUUAUACAUUUUUUAAAGAGUUUACUUGAUAAUAGAAUAAAAUUGGAAAUUAUUGCUUUUUUAAGCAUGUAGUUUUUUUUCUUUAGGUAUUCUAUGCCAAUUACACCCAUAUGAUUAGUUUAUGUUGAUGCUGUUGUAGAGGAGGAGUCUUAAAAUAUUGUGAGCCUUGAUAAUGCUAUUAUGUUUUCUUUAAAUAUAGCAAUGUUAGUAACUUAAAAUUCCUGUUAUUUUGUAUUGUUAAUUACCUAAGUAACCAGAAUGUGGUUCAUCAUCUAAAUAAUAACCUUCAUCAGAAGAGUACAAGAUGAAGAUUACUUAAGAAAUUGAACUGAAAAUCCAAACUGUUAAAAUGACACUUUUCUAUUUAUUCUGAAGAGUGAAUAUAAAAUAUCCUUAAUACUUUGUGGCCUCACACAGAAGGAACAUGUCUUCAUUUAUGAUUUACAUAUGCCUUAUCUGUGUUACAAAUUACAAUGUCUCUAAUUUAUAAUUGGACAGUUCAAUGUAAGAUUAUAGGCAGAGAUUUUGCUAAUUGAAAUAUAGUGUGGCUAUAUGACUAAUAUGCACAUACACUUCUGCAUGGGCCUCAUAAAACUAAGUAAUAUAGACUAGACAGUGUAGUAAAAUGAAAUUGCACUCACAAUUGUGAAGUGGAUGAAACAAAUUCUGAUUAGGCAUCUAUUUUUUCCUACUUCAGGCAAUUUUAACUGGUUUUGUGUUGCAACAGGUAUUUACUAGCUGUGAGAAUUUCAAUUAAAUAGAUAUUUAAAGAAUAAAAUCCUAAAAAGAAUGUUUGGGUUCUCUUUAUCACCCAGAACCUCUUAGAAGCAAAAUUGUGCCCAUGAAAGUUCCUGGAAGGUUUAAGGAGUAAACACUGCAGAAAGAAAGAAGAGUUGAAAGAAUAGAAUAUGAAGAUAGAAAAAAAGUGAGAUGGAAAAAGGAUUGAGUGUUGUGUAUUUACUGCCAGACUUAGUCAAUUAGAAAUGAAAUUUAAAAAUACCAAUUAAACUAUUUCUAGGAACUAGACAACAAAGAAUGAAGGAAUCCCUUAUUGGAAAAUGAAUGAAAUGAAUACAUUAUUAAAUGAAAUUAAAUAAUUGAAUAAACUGAGAAAGAUACAGGUUUCUUGAUAGAGCAACUUAACAUGAUAAAGAUGUCUAUUCUUCCCAAAAUAAUUUAUAAAUUUAAUGCAAUUUCUAAUAUUUACAUGGAGUAAAAAGUUGCAUGAAGAGCUAAGACAAUUUUUAUGAAGCUGUGGGGAUGCCUAACCCUGUUAUCACAGGGUUAUCACAGAUCUGAGGUAAAUAAAUCUAUUUGAAUGGUUCAGAGGAACAGGCUAGUGGACCACCAGAUAAAAUUAUAACCCAGGGUCAGAUCUGUUUAUAUAAAAGAACUUGGUCUUGAUAGAGUGUCAAAAUCACUGUGGGGAAAAACUGAUUACCUAGCAAAAGGUAUUGGAAAAUAUUGGAAAAAAAUAUAAAGAAACAAAAUCCCUAUCACAUGUCAUAUAAAAGUAAACGUCUAUGGAUCUAAGAGCUGAAUUUGAAAUAUUUGAAUUGUAAAAAAAUUAAAAUCAAGGUAAAUAUAUUUUUAUGACCUUAAGAUUGGUCUUAAUUUCUUUAGCAAGGCUGUAAAAGCACAAACUAUGAAGACAAAAAUUGAUGAAUGUUACUACCUCUAUACUAGACAACACUUGUCCGACUGGGAGAAGUUACUCAUAAUAUUUUAACUGAGAGGGAUUAAUAUUUAGAUUAAUUCAAAUCAUUCUUACCGAUGAGCAAAAACUCAGGAAAAUCAAUCAGAUAAACAAAAAAAAGGAAGAGGAGAUUCACAAAAGGAGAAAUGGAGAGUCUGCAAAGAACUUGAACAGAUGCUCAACUUCAUUAACAUUUGAUGAGAUGCAUACUAAAAUGAGAUGCCAAUUUACAUCCAUAAGAUUAGUAAAGAUGAGAAACUUGAAUAAUAUCAAGUGGAACAAUAAGAAAUCUCAUUUACAGCCUAUUUUGUGAACUUUCUGGUAGCAUUUUGUGAAAUUUAGUAUGUCUUACCCUAAGAUCCAGCGAUUCUAAUUUGAGGUAUAGAAACCAAAAAAUUGUAACAGAUUUACAAAAACGUAUGUAUGAGAAUGUUCAUCUUAGGAUAGGCUGUGUUAGCAAAGAAUAGGAGUCCAUUUAUAUGGAAUAUUGAUGAGUAAAAUGUUGAACGUUCUUGUGAAGGGAUAUUAUGAAGUAAUCAAAAGGAAUAAACUAUAAUUACAUAUGACUACAUGGAUAAAUCUCAAAUGUUUUUAAAAGGAAGAAAGAGACAGAUUUACAGUAUAG